AUGGUCUCCUUACCGCGAUGGGUGCGGGUUCCUCGCCCCAGGACUUUCCUAUAUCUUAUGACUUUACGUACCGGAACAGAAAUGAUUUCAUUAUCAAUGAUCUUCAAUAAAGUUACUGGUUUUUACGGUCUUCUCGCAGUGCUUGCCGGCUUGAAAUUGUCGCCUCUACAACUUUCAAUGUACAUAUAUUCCGUCGCGGCUCUCGCACUUACCGCGUUCCUUAUGCCUCACAUCCGCAAACAAACACCGUUUCAAUGCUUAGCCCUCGCAUGGUUUUACUUGUUCGACACGAUCAUCAAUACCGCCUUCACCACCGCGUUCGCAGUAACAUGGCUCCUAGCCGUAAGCGCCGAUCAAUCUAAUAAGGGUAUUCCAAGCGCCGCUCCAGGAGGUAGCACGAUCGAUGAAACGGCAGGCUUUACAAGCCCAAAAUUCAAUGUCAGCGCAGUCAACGUUAUUGCCUCGCCGGCUUCAGGUGCUGGACAAGAUGCGGUAGCAUACGGAACUGCAGCGGGAGCAACUCUUGAGCAGAGUGUUGGGAUCGAGGAAAGCGUUCCUAGUAUUAUCGUCGUUGGAAUCCUCACAUUGAUUCGAGUCUACUUUAUUUUGGUAGUUAUGGCAUAUGCACGACAAGUGUUAAGGCAGAACAUGUACUCUGCCUCUUCAACAAAAUUACAUCUUAACACCGAUGGUAGCACCGAUGCUCGCGCAGAAAAUCCAUUUGCGAUAGACUCGCCCCAAGGGCAAGGUUGGAAGGGCAAACUUGGUAGACUUAUGGUGAAGGUUGGAGAAGGAUAUUGGCUUGGUGGUCAAGUAGACGAAGCAUGGGCCAAAGGUUUAGAUGGACGAUUCAAGACCCAAAGAACAUUCAAUGGGCCUCCAGGUACCAUAGAAAGAGAAAGAAGAGCGAGAAGUGGAACAGGACCACCUAUUCCUGCCAAGGGUCUCGGCAUUGGGAAGUUGUAA